UACUUAACCUCAGAUAGAAACUUCAGAUAAUUUUUUCAAUAAAAUGUCUAAUAUAAGCAAAGUUUUAGUGCGAAAAUAAACAAAAAAAUAUCAAAAUUUAAAAUUAAAAAAGCGCACCCUCUAGUCCACUAUCAACAUGGCAAAGGCAGGCAAGAAAGGCAAGGAUAAAAGAGCUUCUACUGAAAGUGAAAAAAAGGGUAAAAAGGGCCGCAAAAGCAGCACUCUUUCUGACACCUCAGCGGGGAAGGGCAAAAAAGGCAAAGGCAAGAGGAAAAGCAAAGGAAAAACGUCUGUGAUUGACACUACAACUGCGGUUCAAGCUCAGCCAGAGGUACCAUCGACACCAUCGCCACCUCCAGAACCUAAAUGCAAUGACCAGCAGCGUGCCGACGAACCAUGCCGUUACACAGAGGAUGCUUGCUGUAAGGGGGCCAUUGCAUGCCGGCCAAAUCAUUAUCCAGGCAUUUUGGAAGAGCCCGAACGCAUGGCCGUUGUCGGCUCAGAGAGCGGCAGCUACGAAAGUCUAUGUAAAUUGGUGCGCGCUGGUAUGCGCUGUGCCGAUCGCAUUUUCAUCAUGACACCUUGGGGUAAUUACGUGAUUUUUCGCGCACACGAUGAGGAGAAUAAAAUCUAUUUCAUUUACGAUGGUUGCACAUGCAACGUGAAUCGCUUUCGGUAUUUAGAUUUGCGCGAGGGUACAGCUGGACUUCUCUAUUUUGAUUGCGUGCAUGCAUUAAUUACUUAUAUGUUGGACUCGAAGAAGCAACGGAUGUCCUUGAAGCGCAUAAGACGCAGUGUCAUCGAUGACAUCUGCAAGGAGUUUUGUGAAUUCGGACCUAAAUAAGCAAAAUAUUUGCUAUUUCAAACGAAAAAACCAAACGAAUUGAGUGAAAUGAGAGACACAUGGCCAGAAAAGGGCCCUAAGCAAAUUUUUGGAAUAUUGUUUGGAAACGGUUUUUUAAUUACUAUUUAAUAGUACAAGUACAUAUAUGUAAUUAUUUAGGCACUAACAGUAAUGCCUGCUAAACUGGAGAUCUUAUUUUACAUGCUAUAUCAACAGAAUAUAAAGAACGUAUACCAAACGCUUUUUUAAA